CCCAGAGCCUGUUCCCAUGGAGGUGGCAACAAUGAGAGCAGUGUGUUCCUUUCCAUCAUCUCCAUGGGUCAUCCAGCUGCUUGACUGGUACUGCAUAUCCACUGAGCUUAUGUUGGUCCUAGAAUUGCCUGAGCACAGUGUGAGCCUUUUUGACUUUGCACAGAACAACAGGACAACACUGACUGAGAAGCGAGCAAGUCUAAUCUUCCAUCAGAUAGUAAAAGCCAUACAGCACUGUCAUGGCCGUGGUGUUUCUCACAAUGAUCUGAAGCUUGACAAUGUCCUCAUAGAACUACCCACAGAGCAAGUGAAGAUCAUAGACUUUGGAAAUGCACUCUUCUUGGAACCAGAAGAAGGUAGUCAACAUGUAGGAAUGGGUUUUUAUGCUCCACCCGGGUGUUUUCUUCAGAACAGGAGUCGAACAUUCCCUUUAACGGUGAAGACAUUGGGAACCUUGCUAUAUGAAAUGCUCUGUCAGUCCACUUAUUUUGAGCGUGAAUUCAAGAUCAAUCACAACAUCUUUAAUUGCAAACGUCAGCUAAGUAUGGAAUGCAGAGAGUUAAUUCACUGGUGCCUAAAACCACAACCAUCUGACCGACCAACACUUGAGGAAAUCUUGGUACACCCCUUUGUGUCUUUGGGUCUACAUUGAAAUGCCUUUCUCUGCAUACUAUGCAGGAAGAUGUCAUUCACAAGAAGCAGGAGAUGUAUGUUUUGAUAUAAAUUGACAGGAGAGGAGCCCAUGAAGAUGACGAUUAGUCUUUAGUUGCAUUUAGCAGCAGACAUUCUACUGAGACCACUUAAAGGACCACUGAAGAACCUGUCAAAAAACAUCAGCUCUUCAGAAACAUCUUGAAACCAGUAUAGCCGAACAUGGAAUUGGUGGAGAGUAAAGGCAAAGAAAUGAAUACACCAUGCCACCAAAAUGAAUCUGGAAAAAAAUCUAUUAAAAAAAAAGUUAUCCUCAGCUUCAUUAUAGAACUUGUAAUAGAAAGAAAACCUCUUUAAAUGUAGUGUACAUGAGAAAAUACUCAUGGGAAGAAGGAGAAUUGUUUCCUAAAAUUUCACACUACAUAACCAAAGAAUGUUCAUAGAUGAAUAUGUGUAAAGGUUUUCACAUGCAUAUAUUGUUUAAGGACACCAGAACCUGUACAGUACAUAAAUAAAAGUGAUAUUCACUUCUGCUGUAGGGAUGUGAAAACAAAUACAGAAACUUAAAUGGUGUAAUUUACUCAGGAAGAAAGGAGUCAUAUUGCAGGUGCUUGUGUAUUAACAUGUCUGUUUUCAUGGGUUCCUGACUAACUAAAAGCCAAUCAAAUGGCACACAAGGCAGAUGGUGCAUCCAAAAUGUCUACAGUAAGAUUUCUUAUCUACAGUCUGAAGGCCUCUGUAGCUGCUGACUUUUACAGCCCAGUCUUUUUAUCAGACACCACAUUGUGACUUUUAUUGAACUUUUGUUUUACUAACUUUGCACAAAACUUCUAGCACUUCAUCUUCAGAUUUAAAAUGUUCAAUGCAGCAUGUGUUUUGCUUUCCCAUAAAGCAUUACACAUAAUAAUCAGUGUUUAAGACAUUUUAAAACUAGAACCUAAAGGACUUUUAUUAAUUUAAAUACAGUAUUUACUUUGAAGAUGUGGGCAGCAAAUAUGUAGGCCGUAAAGAUCUGGACAUUGACACAGAUCAAUGAAUAUACACAAGCCUGGUCUGCAACAGAAUUAAAAUCUUGCAGUGCUUCCUUAUAUUUCCUGCUCUGUGCCCAAGUAAAUACAAAUCAUCAUCAAUACACUAUUAAUCCAAUUGCCCUUUAUUCACUCAGAAUAUGGAAGCAAUGUAGGAAGCACUUUAAGACAGAGAAGCUUUUAUAUGUUGCACCUCAAUGUAGCAACCAUCUUUUUCUACCCUCUCAAACAUACACAGUAUUUAAUGUUUGAAAAAUGUCCAAGAUUAAAACACUUAGAGAACUGAAUAUUUCUAAUGUAUUUGCUUCCUACAAAGAAUUAUGCUUCAACUUUAACU